AUGCAAGCAGGAACAACAUAUACUGAAAGGCACAACCAAGUAGCAUCUACAGGAACAUCUGCUCUGGAAUAUCAGAAAGAAGGGAUAUACCAAGGGCUGAAAGAGGAACUAGAGAUGUGGAAAGUAAAGGCCAAAGCAAUUCCAGAGAUAAUCGGAGCACUUGGAACUCCAAUCCCUAAACUAGAAAAUAUAUUCAAGAGAUUCCAGAAAACAACAUCAAAGAUCCAUCCAGAUGAAGAAAAAGAACACUCAAGAUACUAUGCAGAAUCCCUCAGACCUCUCGCAUAG